GCACUCAUACUUGCUAUUCGUUCAAUCGUGGCGCCAUCGAAAGCGAUGUUGGCUUCUAAUUUGCAACCCACCAAAAACCCGUCAGUUGGGGACGUGUUUCGAGCUAUUCCAUCGCCGUACAGUGCCAAACCAGCUCAAGAAAUGGGACACUUCAUACGGGAGGUGAGGAAAUUGCCGCGCAAUAACACUUUCAUCAGUCUCGAAGCUGCCAAGGAAGAGAGUGUUGGUGGCGGCAAAGUGUCCCUGCAGCGUUGGAACAGUGUGGAAAAUUUAACCAGCGAUCGGCAAACAGCAAGGGAGCAAGAGGAAGAUAAAAUAGCACCGAUAGUGGCAGUGAAAUUGGAACAGUUCAACAAUGGGUCCGACUCGAAUGACGAUGAUAGCUUCGAAACUAAAGAACGUAAUGCGGCCGACCGGCGAUGCAGCAUGAUCCCAUUAAUGGCCCAUCCUGCCGGGCGCCCCAAGGUGGUGGGACAACCUUACGCGGAUAGAGAAAAAAUUGUCCGCAAAAAACCACCGCUUCCUCCAAAAGCGCUGGCAAAGAAUCAAGACCCCGUUAGGAUGUAUCGAGCAGAACGAUUGCAGGAGAAAAAGCUGGACAUGGAGCAACAGGUGGAUGAAAUGAGGGAGCAACUUGCUAGCCUAGAACUGAGCCGGCAAAAGGAGGAGCAACGCAAUCGGGAAAUCAUCGACCGCCUUAAAGAAGAUAUCAGUGAUUUAAAAUUAACCUGUGAGAAGCUGAAGGGCGCUGUAGAGCGACUACAGAACGCGGAUGAUCUGUUUGGAAAGAUGAAGCAUGAAGGAGAAUUUUCCUUAUACGCACGGUCGUACGAGGUGUCGAAGAAAAUUCUCAGCAACACUUUCCGUAGAAGGAAAGCUAAUACCGCGCGUCCCAGUUGUUUGGAUGCGAACGGCGCCGAAGCAAGCGGUGAUACUGUUCAGAGCUUUAACGACGGUGAUCAGCAGUGCAUGUUGAGUGAUACAGCAGGCAGCAACAGUCUGGCAGUUAUGCAUCCAGUAGGCGUGCCAUCUGGUGGCGAUGGAGACCAUAAUAUCCGCCGUGUGAACAGUGCUCCUCCAGAGACGCCAGUGAAUAUAGUGACUUCCAUGUACUAUGUUUCCAAGAUAGAAUCCGUCGGAAUGGACGGCAUCCCUUCGGAUGCAAACGAUUCUGAGAAUCCCAUGAUUCAGACUCCGGAAAAAGAAACGAUGACAAAAAAGAAAACCAAAGCGUCCAAAUUCGGUGGUUGGUUCAGAUCUGGUAAACAGUAGACGGUGAUAGUUUUUCGGUUGCAUAUGUCAACUUUAUUUACUUCAAAAUUAGAAUCUUUCGUAAAUAUAUUCCACAAAAACGAUGAAAAA